AUGACUCAGGGAUGUUGUCAUGAUAUUUUCUUUCGUGCCGGCUGUCACUCGUGUGGACUCAACAUACUGUCCAUGGACUUGGCAUCAUCAAGUACACCUAGGAUCCUGGAAUACGCGAUGUGGCUCCGUGACGCAUCACCUACAGCACCGAUAUUUGGCCCCACCUCGCAGCCUAAUUUUCUGUCUGGGAUCGUCGACAAAGAUAUGCUCCUUCACUCUUCUACGUAA